CAUCUGCCGCCUCUUUUUCACUUUCAAAACCAUCAGAAUAUUCCCCGCACACAGACCGCUGUUCAAAUAGCGUCUCGAAAAAAAAAGCAGCUGCGCAGAAAUCAGCCCUCUUUCCGCAUUUUGCGCUCAGCCGACGAGAGCCGCGCGACCGCUUUGCACGCGAGCCGUCUGCGGCUGAGAGGAGGGCUGCGGGCUCAGGGAGACCAAGCGGAUUUGAAUUAAGCACCGGAUAACACACAACGACUUGUGCAUCCCUUCGGCGAAGGAGGGAGGACGCUGUUUUGUGUCUUGGGAGCCCUGGGUUUGGAGAAGGGGGGAGAGAAGAGGAGGAAGAGGAGAGGAGCGGAGAAUGAGCUAUUUCUUGUACCGGCAGAGGCAGCAGCCAGGACCCGCCAGCCGCUAAGAAGCCCGCCGGUGAUAAUCCGGGCAGAGACACCGGAGGCACAGACCGCAGCAGCAGCAGCAGCCCGCAGGACACCGCGGCGAUGAAAGUGAAGAAAGGCUGCAACGCGACCGACGCGGGGGUCCCGGUGACCACGGAGGAGGACCUGCUCGGCGGCUCGGGGGUCACUCCGGAGGAUGUUCUGGGCUUGCAGAAGAUCACGGAGAAUUAUCUUUGCAGCCCGGACGAGAACAUUUUCAACAUUGACUUCACCAGGUUCAGGAUCAGAGACAUGGAAACCGCCACGGUGCUGUUUGAAAUCACCAAACCUCCAGCCGCAGACAAAGCAGGAGAGAAGAGGGAUGUCGACCCGAACGCUGGCCGGUUUGUCCGUUACCAGUUCACCCCCGCUUUCCUCCGACUGCGCCAAGUUGGAGCCACUGUGGAGUUCACGGUUGGAGACAAGCCGAUAGAAAACUUCAGGAUGAUUGAGAGACAUUAUUUCAGAGAGAAGUUGCUCAAGAGCUUCGACUUUGAGUUUGGCUUCUGCAUGCCGAGCAGCAAAAACACCUGUGAACACAUCUACGAAUUUCCACCUCUGUCUGAAGACAUCAUCAGAGAGAUGGUCUUGCACCCGUACGAGACGCAGUCCGACAGCUUCUACUUUGUGGACAAUAAGCUGGUGAUGCACAACAAGGCGGACUACUCGUACAACGGCGGGACGUAGAGGGGACACGUCGACCACAAGAGACGGGCGGACGUACGGACUGAUCUUUGGGCGGCGGUUCGAGUGCACUGGAGGCGAUAAUCCAGAAAACAGCCGCACAAACGUGUCAAUCGCUGUGUGUGUGUGUGUGUGUGUGUGUGUGUGUGUGUGUGUGUGUGUGUGUGUGUGUGUGUGUGUGUUCACAGCACGUGGGGUUGCUCUAACAAAGUUUUUUUUUUUUUUUCACAUGAUAAACCAGCAAGCAACUUCUUAGGAAAUAUGAGAUGAUUUUUCUCCUCUCUAGCCCAACGUGUGAAGUGAAAACAUUUUAAAACCUCGAUCUUCAAAUAUUAGUAGACUUUAUUUUAUUCCUAUUGCUGUGUUUUAGGGUUUAGGAACAAAUAUUGCAUUUAAACACGUGAUUUCUAGUGACUUCAAUUCUUCCUCUCCGUUUCAGUAAGUGAGCUUUUUGGAGUGUGUGUGUGUCUGUAUGUCUGUGUAUUUUGUGUAACUGUCAGGGUGAAGCAUGAUUAAUGGUCUGGUAAGAAUAUAUUAACUUAAACGUCAAUAAUGUGGUCAUUUGGUUUCUAUUACGGUAAAAUAGAUUUUGAAACGUGUUCAUCAGACCGGUUUUCUUUACUCCUUUAUUUAUGUUUUGAGUUGUGCGACGUGUGUUACCUGUAGAGCGCAUGUGUUUAUUGUCUUUGCUCAUAGCACAACAUGUCUACGGAACACACUCAGUGGAAACCUGUAGAUUGAGAUUAGCUAAUCUGAUAUGACCAUAUAGGUACUUGUCAUGUACUAGAUCUACUUUACACUCUGAUGUUGUUUUGUUUGGGUCAUAAACAACUUGUUGAACAAUUUUGUUAGGUUGAAGUUGUUGUUGUUGUUGUUGUUUGGAAGCGCAUUAUAAAGGAACAGAGGGAACUUUAUUUUUUUUAAAUCUUGAUAUGUUUAAAUCAGAUUUGUGUUGUGCAAAGGAAAAAGAUGGGAACGUAGCAGAAAUCCGCCUAAAAUCUCAUAUAUUUCUGUUUGUGUGAAAUCUAAUGUCUGUUUCAUUUUUCUUAAGUCCACUUCUUGUUCGUCUCAUUUCUGCCUCUCGCACAUGUCUGUCUCUUUCUGUUUAUUUUAAACACGUUCCUGUAAGUUAGGACCUAAGCGUGUUGUUAUUUGAGGGAAUCGAUGACGCAGAGAGUCAGUGUCUUUGGAUUGUGCAGUCGUUCUCUCUGACUGUACAGAGACACAAGACGCAAAAAGGGUCCAAAUAGAUCUUCUAAUUCAGCUGCAUAUAUCUGCAUAUACUUUUCUAUUUGAAGCACCUAGAAAUAGAUUCAGUGUUUUUUUGUGAUCCAGCAGUAAAAUCCACCCGUCUAGAAAAACUAUUUUUGCAAAUAUGAGAUGAGUCCGGUCGGCAAGGAAGCGCAGCUCGUUUGGAGUGACUUACAUUUAUGCACCCGUUGUGUCUUAAGGUCAACGCAGGAAAAUGGUAAGAAUGCAUUUAGAUUGUCAAUGGCUCAAAGUGAAGAGAAUCUGCUUUUGUAUUAGUCUGCACAAGUUGGUGAUUUAAAGGAAACAAUAAUUGAACAGACAUGAAGAGCUCAAAUUGGACUGAUAUGUCAAAAAAUGUAACAUAAGUAGAGCAGAUUUAUUUUUGACUCAUUGUGACUCAUGUAGAAAUUGUUUUGAACUUAUCUUGACCUUUCAAAUGUCGGUAUGAGUGAACAAAAAUAAAUAAAGAUUUACGGAACUUUUUAAAAUA